AUGUGUCAAGACCAAGGACUGCAGCCGGCUUCGAUCGAACGCCUGUCCGUCGAGCUCCUGCAAAUGGUGCUCUUGGAACUACCAGACGUGUCAUCGUUGCGGGCAGCCGCUUUGUCAUGCCCGCUGCUUUACGAGGUAUUUCUGGAUGCAGAGACUACCAUCACGACGCAAGUAUUGCUCAAGCAGAUUGAUGACAGCGUACUGCCCGAGGCCGAGCUCGCAUUUCUAUCCUCAAGCUUGCACCAUGGUCCGGAACCCGAAUGUCAGCACGGCCUCGUCGACUUCAUCACUCAAAAUCUUCGCCAAAGGCCGACUCCACCCAGCUCCUGGUCGUUACAGAAAGCGCUUCAACUUGAAAGACUUCAUCUCUGUGUGAGCGAGCUAACUCAAAAGUUUGUCCAUGCCACCCUGACCACAUAUCCCAUGACUCAAGGUGAAUGCACUGCUACGCGACUAGAGAGGUGUCGCAUCGAACGGGCAUUCUACCACUUCGAAAUAUAUUGCAACCUGUUCCGCAUGCUUCCAAAUAUAUGUGCAGAGCCCCCUGCACACAUGGAGCAAAAACGACUCUUCUUUGCUUGCUUUGCUCCCUGGGAGAAUGAGCAGCUAGGCUGCAUUCACGAUUUUCUUGUUCGAGCUGUUUCGCCAGCAUUCAAUGAUAUCGCAGAACAUGAUAUCGCUUGGGGCGCAUUCCAGGUAGAAUACGAUGACAAGAUUGAUUCCCCCUUCAUCCAACACCUUCUUUCACGUGGAUUAAAGAAGCUACUUAGCGUCAUCCUAGCAGAAACAUAUCUAGAACGACAUCGACUUCUCUAUUCUCGUGGUUUUCCACCCGCCACAGAUAACUUUCUCUACGAGGGAUUAGAAAGCGCAAACGGACACAACGACAAUGUCUUCCUCGAAAGCUUGUCGCCAGUGGAGGAGGCUCUCCUGUUAAAGCAUUCGUUUUUCAGAGAUCCGGAUUCGGGUCCAAAAGAUGCCUGGAAAUGGGCACAUCUGGAAGAAUCCAGGGCACACUGGGUGUAUGUCGAGGAUCGCGAUAAUCUACGCCGAUGGGGUUAUGUUAUGUGGGACAGAUGCCGGUUGGAUUCUGUUGCCAUCUUGCAAAAACCCUGGGAAGACACGUGGAUUUCUACAAAUAUGCUGCUAGAGGAACAAGAAGCUGCGCGGCAAUCGCGGGAAAGAGCUUACAUGGAGAAUUCAUGGGAGAAGAGGGAAAAGAUGUACAGGAGAGGCGCCGUUGGUUGGUGGAGUUGGGGAGAUGAGAGCCAGGUGCUAUGGCCAGACGGGGUUGCGCCUGGACAGAGACCGUCGGUUCCUGUGCAUGUCAAGCCUGACUCUCUUGAAGAGGCUCGAGACGUACUGCGGAUGAUGAAGCUGCCGCCGUCGUGUGCCAAGUUAUCUUGA